UCGCAACUUGCUCAAACGAGUCCGCUCUCAGGCUAAUUCUUUGCCAUGGCUGAAACGAACGAACCGCUAACCGCUACAUCGGCUCCAAGUAUCGUCGCUGACCCCGCCGCUGGCCCCACGGACCAAAUUGCAGUCGAUCCCCAUUUCCACGACAGUGAUGGCGACUCUGCUCUUGGUGAUGAUAGGGCCGUCUCCACAGCUUCAAUAGGCUCAACAAUUCUGCAAUAUCGCAAGCUGCAUGGAAGGACAUACCAUAACUUCAGAACCGCCGAGUACUGGGGACCGAAUGACGAACAGCAGAACGAGGGGCUCGAUAUAAACCAUCACAUGCUGAAUCUAGCACUUGACAACAAACUGUUUCUGGCCCCGCUGAAGAACGCGCAAACCGUUCUCGAUGUAGGCACGGGCACGGGUAUCUGGGCUAUGGACUUCGCGGACGAGUUCCCCGAAGCCGAGGUGACAGGCAUUGAUCUCUCGCCAACCCAGCCAACCUGGGUGCCGCCGAACUGCAAGUUUGAACUGGACGAUGUCUCGCAGGGCUGGACGUUCCCAGACAAUACCAUCGACUACAUCCAUAUCCGCUACAUGAUAGGGUGCUUCCAGGAUUGGUCCAAAUUGUAUCGUGAGUGUUUCAGGUGCCUCAAGCCGGGCGGCUGGCUGGAGCAUCUGGACUGCAGCACUCAUGUGCAGUCGGAUGACGGGUCCCUGCCGGCAGAUAGUGUUUGGGCGGAGUGGAGGGAGGUAUUCGCCCGCAUCGGCGAGAAGACGGGACAGACAUUUGAGGUGAUUGAUGACGACAAUUGGAUUAGGUGGAUGAAUGAAGCUGGCUUCAGUAACAUUGGGAGGAAGAUGAUCAAGACGCCUAUAGGCGGGUGGCCGGCGGACAAGAAAUGGAAGGAAGUCGGGCAGUUCAACAGGGCAUCUCUUGAGACCGGCUUGGAAGGGUUCGGCCUUUAUAUGCUUACCAAUGUCAUGGGUUGGGAGUACAACAAGGUGCAAGUAUGGUUGACCAGAGUUCGAGAAGCGCUGAAGAAUAAGAGUUACCAUAGUUAUUGUACCUGGGGAAGCGCAUGGGCCCAAAAGCCCGAGGUUUAGCAGGUGGAUCGUAGGCUCAAGAAGUUACAUGGCACGGAUGGAAUACAGGAGAAGCUUAUAGUCAGUUGCAGAACCGGUUUCGCCGAAGGUAUCUUGAUGCAACAGCCUAGAUUUGCACCCGCGGACGUCUCCAAGCCAAGGCGCGCGGUGGCUUGUUAUAGCUACGAUGUUAGGGAUCACUUGACAGACGAAGAAUAUGAUAAAAUUCUGGAGAAUGAAACAUCCAUAUUGCCA